GCCACUAAAUGAACCCUUGUUGUCUUAGAACAGAUUCCCUUGACCUUUGUAAAACACACUAACCCACUAGAACCAAUGGACUUUAGCCCUGGAACGCCGACUCUCUUUGGUCGGUGGGACAGCUCGCCCCCUCUGGCAGAUCUAUUUAUUACCACUCGUUUAGCCGCACAGGUUCAUUCAAGUGAAUGAACCCAGUUCAUAGUCCGGUUCCGAUCUGCUAGUAAAUAAAUAAUAAUCAUGAUUCCUCAAAGAACAUAAUUUAUUCUCUCUCCCCCCCCCCUCCCCCAACUCCAAACCAUGGUCCCCUCUCGAUCACAAGGCCGGCGGCGAACGACGCUUCUAGCCCUAGGCUUGGUGACCAUCUUCAUCUGGCUCUUCUCCCACUAUUGGUCACACUCAGAGGAACACAGUCCUCCUGUCAGCUCAGCCGUUCAUGGCGAGUUUUGGCGCCAGUUCCAACCCCUAUUAAAACAAUGGAGACCAAACUGCGAACCCCCAGAACGACUCGGCAAGGCAGAAUCAGUCGGCUUCGACCCCAAAGCCACCGAGCAGCCACCCAACCUAACAUCAAUGCCAGCAGAAGACGUUCUGAAAAUGAAACACGCCCAUAGCAAAUUCGUGCACGCCAUCGCCAAGGAACCCCCAGCACUGGCCUACCAACCAGGCACGCGGGGGAUAGUCUCAACCGCGGGCGGCUCGUAUCUGCCCGUGCUAGUAAUCUCACUACGCAUGCUGCGCCAGACGGGCUCCAAUCUACCCAUGGAGGUAUUUCUAGCCGACUGGAGCGAGUACGAUGGCUAUAUCUGCCAGGUAGUGCUACCGUCCCUGAACGCGAAAUGCGUCCUGCUCUCCGAGAUCCUGGAUACGGUCCCGGACAGCAAAACCAAGAUCGAGAAGUACCAGUACAAGCCGUUCGCCAUGCUCUUCUCCUCCUUCGAGGAGAUUCUCUUCCUCGAUGCGGAUGCGUUCCCUCUCCAGAAACCGGAGCUGGCUUUCACCAGCGAGCCCUUCAAAUCCAAGGGUCUGAUCACCUGGCCUGAUUUCUGGGGCCCCACUGCCUCGCCUCUGUACUAUACGAUUUCGUCGCAGGAGAGACCCGCCCCGAAUAUCCGGCAAUCGACGGAGUCGGGUGAGGUGUUCAUCUCCAAGCGCACGCAUCUCAGGACCCUGCUGCUCGUCGCCUACUACAACUACUGGGGUCCCGGGUAUUACUACCCGCUCCUCUCGCAGGGCGCAGCAGGCGAAGGCGACAAGGAGACCUUCAUCGCGGCGGCGACGGUGUUCAACGAGCCCUUUUACCAGGUCAGUGAGCCCAUCCGCGCGCUGGGCCGUCAUACGAACGAUGGAUUCGCCGGCUCGACCAUGGUUCAGUAUAGCCCGAUGGAGGACUACGCCUUGACGAAGAAGGGCGAGUGGCGGAUCAAGGGGUCCAGCGUUCCGGCACCGAAACCGUUUUUCGUGCAUAUUAAUUUCCCCAAGUUCAAUCCCGCGACGGUGUUCUCGGAUAACGGGCCCGUGGUGAAGGAGGAUGGCAGUUAUACGCUGGCGUGGACGGCUCCGGAGGAUGUGAUUGAGUCGUUUGGACCGGAUCUGCAGCGUCAGUUGUGGUCGGAGAUUCGGUGGACGGCUUGUGCUCUUGAGGGCAAUAGUAUUAGUUGGAAGGGGGAGACGGGGAUCUGUGAGAAGGUGGAGGAUUAUUGGGAUACUGUCUUUCGUUGAUUUUGGGGAUUGUGAAGCUUUUUCAUGAAGCGAAAUUGUACAAAACAAACGAUUAUAUCGGCCCUGAUUGGGCAUGCUUGUGCUGUGCACAAGUGAAGUAAUUGCAUCCGGCUUAUGAUGUGCCCUCUCUUGGGCUGAAUGAUGAUUUCUAUUCAAUAUGUACUUAUAUCCGUGAAUAUGUACAAGAAAAUCAAGAGAUUUGGACGACCACGUCAUAGGAAAAUAUGCAAUGUUCCAUUAAUUAAUCCUAUAUUGAUGCUUGGUAUAUAUGCGAUCUUAGGACA